GUCCAGGAAUUGGAGGACGACACAUAAGUAAAGGUGUGGUUGUUCCAUAUGCACGUAGUAACUCUGAGCUAUAUGAAAUGGAACACAAAAACCAGAAACAGUACACACUCUUCUCAUCUUAGCUUCUACGACUCCUCUUUCCACUUCAACAUGCAAGUCAUCGCCGUCCUCUUGGUUUGCUUGGCUGCCGCCAACGCUUUCGUCAUCCCAGCCACCACCUUCGUCCGUGCUCCGGCCCAUGACAGCGCCAUCAUCAAUUCCGAUCGUCUUGGUGGAAACUUCGCCUGGUCCACUGUUGAGGGCCACGCCUACGCCGCCGUCACCCCCGUCGUCCAGCGCGUCCUCACCCCGGUCGGAAUCUCUCACCACGCCGUUGCCACCCCCUACUACGGUUACCCAGCAUACGGUUAUUCCGGCUACCCUUACGGUUCAUUCGUCGCUCCCGCUGCCGUUGACGCCAAAGCUGGCCAGCCCGUUUUGGUUGCAUAAACAAAAUAUUCCAAGA